GGUGGAGGAUGGGAUUAGUGGGCGAGAUUUAGGAACUGAAAGAACAGGGGCGAUCGUACUUACGGAAAAAAGAUGAGAACCUUUCGGCUUGAGCUUGCUGCUGGGAGCGGGAGGCCUCUGGGAAAGAGCGCUGAGAUUCCGAAAGAAGGCAGAGACCGGAGUUCCCCUAGAGAGAGGGUAUUGGAAAAGGUGAAGAAAUUCCUGCAAGAGUUUUACCAGGAUGACGAGUUUGGCAAGAAGCAGUUCAAGUAUGGGAACCAAUUGGUUCGACUGGCUCAUCGGGAACAAGUGGCAAUGUACGUAGACUUAGAUGAUGUGGCCGAGGAGGACCCAGAGUUGGUGGAUUCAAUUUGUGAGAACACCAAGCGCUAUGCGAGGCUCUUUGCUGAUUCUAUUCAAGAGCUGCUGCCUCAGUACAAGGAGAGGGAGGUAGUAAAUAAAGAUGUUCUAGAUGUUUACAUAGAACAUCGACUGAUGAUGGAGCAGCGGAGCCGAGACCCUGGGGCAGCCCGAAGCCCCCAGAACCAGUACCCUCCUGAACUUAUGCGUAGAUUUGAGCUGUACUUUCAAGGCCCAAGCAGUAAUAAGCCUCGUGUGAUCCGGGAAGUACGGGCCGACUCUGUGGGGAAAUUGGUAACUGUGCGUGGAAUCGUCACUCGUGUCUCUGAGGUCAAACCCAGGAUGGUGGUGGCUACGUACACUUGUGACCAGUGUGGGGCAGAGACCUACCAGCCGAUCCAGUCUCCUACUUUCAUGCCUCUGAUCAUGUGCCCGAGCCAAGAGUGCCAGACCAACCGCUCAGGAGGACGGCUAUAUCUGCAAACACGUGGCUCCAAAUUCAUCAAAUUCCAGGAGAUGAAGAUGCAAGAACAUAGUGAUCAAGUGCCCGUGGGAAAUAUCCCUCGUAGCAUCACGGUGUUGGUAGAAGGAGAGAACACACGGAUCGCCCAGCCUGGGGACCACGUCAGUGUCACUGGUAUCUUCUUGCCAAUCUUGCGUUCUGAGUUUCGACAGGUGGUACAGGGUUUACUCUCGGAAACUUAUCUGGAAGCCCAUCGGAUUGUGAAGAUGAGUAAGAGUGAGGAUGAUGAGUCUGGGUCUGGAGAGCUGAGCAGGGAGGAGCUAAGACAAAUUGCAGAGGAGGAUUUCUAUGAAAAGCUGGCAGCCUCCAUUGCUCCAGAGAUAUAUGGGCAUGAAGAUGUGAAGAAGGCACUGUUGCUCCUGCUGGUGGGGGGUGUGGACCAGUCUCCUCGGGGCAUGAAAAUUAGGGGCAACAUCAACAUCUGCCUGAUGGGGGAUCCUGGUGUGGCUAAGUCUCAGCUCCUGUCUUACAUUGAUCGCCUGGCCCCCCGCAGUCAGUACACAACAGGCCGAGGCUCUUCUGGCGUGGGGCUCACAGCAGCUGUGCUGAGAGACUCUGUGACUGGAGAACUGACCUUAGAGGGCGGGGCCCUUGUGCUGGCUGACCAGGGUGUGUGCUGCAUUGAUGAGUUUGACAAGAUGGCUGAGGCUGACCGCACAGCCAUUCACGAGGUCAUGGAGCAGCAGACCAUCUCCAUUGCCAAGGCAGGCAUUCUAACGACACUCAAUGCUCGCUGUUCCAUCCUGGCUGCUGCCAACCCUGCCUAUGGGCGCUACAACCCUCGCCGCAGCCUGGAACAGAACAUACAGCUUCCUGCCGCACUUCUCUCCCGAUUUGACCUCCUCUGGCUGAUCCAGGACCGCCCUGACCGAGACAAUGACCUACGGUUGGCCCAGCACAUCACUUAUGUGCACCAGCAUAGCCGGCAGCCUCCCGCCCAGUUUGAACCUUUGGACAUGAAGCUUAUGAGACGAUACAUAGCUAUGUGCCGGGAGAAGCAGCCAACAGUGCCAGAGUCUCUGGCUGACUAUAUCACCGCAGCGUACGUGGAGAUGAGACGAGAGGCUUGGGCCAGUAAGGAUGCCACCUAUACUUCUGCCAGGACUCUGCUGGCUAUUCUGCGACUGUCCACUGCUCUGGCACGACUGCGAAUGGUGGACACAGUGGAGAAGGAAGAUGUGAAUGAAGCCAUAAGGCUAAUGGAGAUGUCAAAAGACUCACUUCUGAGUGACAAGGGACAAACAGCUAGGACCCAGAGGCCAGCAGAUGUGAUAUUUGCCACCGUCCGGGAGUUGGUCUCAGAGGGCCGCAGUGUCCGGUUUUCUGAGGCAGAGCAGCGCUGCAUAUCGCGUGGUUUCACACCUGCCCAGUUCCAGGCAGCGCUAGAUGAGUAUGAGGAGUUAAACGUAUGGCAAGUCAACACUGCCCGGACUCGGAUAACUUUUGUGUGAUUACAACCCACUUGAAACACUGGCGUCUAUUCUGCAUACUGUGCUUAAGCCCCCCCACCCCCUUCAAGGUCUAACAGUGCCCUUGAGAGGAAAGGAGGAUCCCAUCUUUUUCCUAAGCUGCACUUAUUUUAAAGUUCUGUUCGUUCUUUUUGCUAAUAAAGUGUUUAUAGAUUGAU